UCCACACCACAGCAGUACUAGUACACCGAGCCAAAGAAGAGAAUGUUCUUGGAUCCCCUUCCCUGUCUGCCACAACAUUCCUACUCCCCCACCCUCCUUCCAGUCCUCAUAAACAAACAAACCAACAAACCUUCCUCCUCCUCCUCUUCCUCCUCCUCCGGCGGCACCACUGGUCAUCGACCUCUCUUCCUCAUCUUCUUCUUCCGGGACGGUCUAUUCCUUCGUUGAGUCGGGAUCUUGGGCGGGAGAAUCCAGGAGUAAUUCGCCGGGUGGGUUUAGUUAGGUACCACAAUAAUCCAAAGGCCCGCCGGCCCUUCUUUUCCACGUCUCCAGAGGUCGCCGGAAUCUCUCCUCUUCUCCUCACCCAGUGGAUGUGCAAUCUCGUGUCGGCUCUCCGCGUAAUCUGGACGCUCUUCGCCUUCCACAUCGCAGCAACGUCUCGCGGGAUUUUGGGCUAGAUUGAGGUUUUGCGUGCGUGUGCCUGUGUGGGGAAAGUGCUUUCCUUUUCUCUCUUUUUUCCCCUUGGUUCCGCGAGGAUUUGGUUCUGGUGUGUGCGGGGGGCCGGAAUCUCUCUCUGCCUUUGAUCCCAAGCAACCGGCCGCCUCGUUCAUGUAGUGCGGCAUCCAUUGGAACCUGGGACUCCUAACAUGGCCUGCCUCAAGCUGGGAUCAAGGGCUGAUGUGUUCAGGAAGCAGGGCCAAGACUGGUAUUGCACUACUGGCCUUCCCAGUGAUAUAACUGUGGUGGUUGGGGAACAAUCUUUUCAUCUCCACAAGUUUCCUCUAUUAUCGAAGAGUGGCCUUCUGGAACGUCUCAUCAGAGAGAAAAUUGAGAAGGGAGAAGAUAGCUGUGCCAUUGAUCUAUCUGAUAUUCCUGGGGGAGCAAAGGCUUUUGAACUAGCUGCUAGGUUCUGCUAUGGUGUGAAGUUUGAAUUGACUUCCUCCAAUGUUGUGCACCUUCGCUGCGCUUCUGAGUAUCUUGAGAUGACUGAAGAUAUCGCCGAGGGAAAUUUGAUUGCGCAGACAGAGAACUUCCUUACCCAGACAGUUCUCAAAAGCUGGAAAGAUUCAAUCAAGGCACUUCAUACUUGCGAUGAUGUCAUUGAUCUUGCUGAAAAAUUGCAAGUUGUGAAGAAGUGCAUAGACUCAGUUGCAACUAAAUCAAGCACUGAUCCCGAUGUAUUUGGCUGGCCUGUCGCCCAGUAUGGUGGUCCCACACAGAGUCGUGGAGGGAGCUUCUUGUGGAAUGGUAUUAGCACUGGAGCAAGGCCAAGAAAUUGCAGUUCAGAUUGGUGGUAUGAUGAUGUGUCAUGCUUAAGCCUUCCAUUAUACAAGAAGGUAAUCUCAGCUAUGGAAUACCGAGGCGUCAAUCAGGACAUUAUUGUUGGAUCCCUUAACCAUUAUGCCAAAAGGCGUUUACCUGGUCUGAAUCGGCGCAAAAGCAUUAGCGAUGUCAGUAACUGCCUUUCAGUGUCAACUUUAACCGCCAUGCCUUCUGAAGAGGAGCAAAGGUAUCUUCUUGAGGAGAUUGAUAGGCUGUUACCUUUCCAAAGGGGUGUUACAUCUUGCAAGCUGUUAUUUGGCCUUCUGCGCACAGCGAUCUUCCUUAAAGCCAGCUCAUCCUGCAUGUCCAACUUGGAGCGUCGGAUAGGUUUGCAGCUUGACAAGGCCACUCUGGAAGAUCUUCUGAUAACAAACAUGUCUGAAUCUAUUGAAAUGCUCUAUGAUGUGGAUUGCGUACAUAGGAUUCUUGACCACUUCUUGGCAAUGGAUCAAGAAACUGGUGGAGCUUCUCCUGGCAUUGGCGAGGAUGGGCACCUAUUGGCUUCUCCAUCUCUAUUGCCGAUUACUAUGGUUGCUAAGUUGAUCGACGGCUACCUAGCUGAAGUUGCACCAGAUGCCAACCUAAAGUUGCCAAAGUUUCGGUCUUUGGCUGCUGCCAUACCAGACUAUGCUCGGCCAAUAGAUGAUGGACUUUAUCGCGCCGUUGACAUCUAUCUGAAGGCUCAUCCCCAUCUGUCGGAAUCGGAGAAGGAAGAGCUUUGCCGGGUGAUGGACUGCCAGAAGCUCUCCCUGGAGGCUUGCACCCACGCGGCGCAGAACGAGCGUCUCCCCCUGCGGGUCAUCGUGCAGGUCCUCUUUUUCGAGCAGCUCCAGCUCCGGAGCUCCAUCGCCGAGUGCCUGAUGAUCUCCGAGAACCUUGAGGGCGGCUCGAGGCAGCUCGGCAUGCCAACCUCUAGUGAGCAACACCGCGGCGGCGUGGGCUGGCCCCUGGCCGCCAGGGAGAACCACGCCCUGCGCGAGGGCAUGGACGGCAUGAAGCAGCGGGUGGCCGAGCUGGAGAAGGAGUGCUCCACCAUGCGGGAGGAGAUCGCGAGGCUGGGCCGCAGCAGGAGCGCCGGCAAGAGCAGGCUGUUCUCCCUCGGCGCGAAGCCACAGAUCUGCAGCACCGCCAAGGAUGCUACCCCCGCAAAGGCGACAAUGGCAAGCGACGACGACAAGCUGGCCGUGGUGAAAGCUGAUGCCACGCCCCGGCUGAAGCUGAGCAGACACAAGAAGAACCUGUCCAUAGAGGCCUAGCGGCUCCAUCGUUUGUGUUACUCUGUACUCUUGAGUUGCUGUUUUGCUGGUGAACUUGUUAGAUGCUUUUUACAUACCACCACCACCUGUGAACGAAGAACUGGAAGAAGAAAAUGAGUUGUUGAGACCUCAUUCUAAGUUUUUGACAGACACCCUGUAUAUUACACGCGCAUGGCCAUGGUGGCACCGGUAACAUCUUGUAUCAUGUGUCUCUAGGAUUGCUAGUCAAUCUUGUA